UGUGAUCCAAUACAGCAAGAGGCUAAGAUGCCAUUCCAGGCCAGCGACUCUCAGAGUGAAUCGCACAGACGCCAUCUCUCCGGGCCUUUCCUGCUUACGCUGGCGAGUGCGUGGUCCGGUUCUCUGUGCAUGGGAAUGACGCUGGGCUACACUUCGCCGGCCGCGAGCAGCGACUGGGCCGCGCUUGAGAAAGACUGCACCGCCGUGCACUCCGCCACUAGCUCCGCCUGGUUCAUCUUCCUGCUGCCGAUCGGCGCUGUUCUCGGCACUGUACUUGGCGCACUCGUCAGUCAAGCAAUGGGACGCCGGUUCACCCUGCUUCUCAGCGCCGUGGUUUACGUGGCGGGAUACGUCAUCAUCUUCGCCAACGCCUUCAUCGUCACCGUCUUGUUUGGCCGCUUCGUGACGGGCAUCGCCACGGGAAUGGUGUCCCUUUGCGUGCCCGCCUACAUCGCCGAGGUUUCCUUGCCUGCUCAGCGAGGAUCCAUGGGUGGCCUGCUCCAGCUUGCCAUCACCGUCGGUAUUCUGUACUCUUACACGCUGGGACGCUUCUUGGAGUGGCAACUGCUCGCAGUAGCCUGUUUGGCAGGCGCCGUCCUGCUGGCUGCUCUGAACCAGUACUCGGUCGAAUCUCCGCGCUGGCUCAUGAUCAGUGGCCGCAGGCUGGACGUCCUAGAGGUUCUGUGGAAGUUACGCGGUUCCAGCGGGAAGGUGGACGAAGAGUUCUAUGCAAUCGAGCAGGUGUUCGCCCAUGCCCCCACGCGCUUUGCCCACGUCCUGCUGGCCACGCAUGCUCACUUUAUCCAGCAGUUCUCGGGCAUCAACACGAUCAUCUUCUACGCUCAUUCCCUGUCCAUCCAAAGCGGCAUCUCAAUCAGCACUGCGGACUGCUCCAUCAUCGUCGCCAGCCUGCAGGCAAGGGGCAUGCGCGUCCUGCGCUGUUUGUCUGCUGCCAUCUUCGUCUUCUUCUUUUUCUCCAAGCACGCCAUGUCGCGAGGUGGUUCAGAGCGUGCGUACACAUGGCAGCAGCAUGGCUACUCGCUCGGCCUGGGUCCCGUGGUCUGGAUACUCGGGGCCGAGCUGGUGUGUUGCCGAGACCGCGGCAUGCACCUAGCCAGCGUGUGCGCAUUCAACUGGGCCUGUGUUCUCCUGGUCACGUGGUUCUCCACGAGCGUACGGGACACCAUCCACCUGUCCGGACUGGCCUGGUUUUUCUCUCUGGUGACCACAGUUGGCGCCGUUCUCUUGAUGCUUUUCAUGCCCGAAACGCAGGGACAGAGUCUCGAGCAGAUCCUCUUGGGACAUUUUCGACAACCCGAGGGCUCGUCUGGCCACUCUCCGAAGGCAUCGGUGCUCAAGAGGAUAACCGCCCACGUCGCGAAGAUGCCCUGGAACAUCGCCGAGCUUGCGGCAGAAAACAAGGUCGAGCUCACGGGGCCCAUGCUGAUGACGCUCAGCAGCACCUGGGCCGGGUCGUUGUGCGUGGGCACCACCAUUGGUUACACGACGGCGGCGUUGACCAGCCUGACCAGCGGCACCACCGAUCACAAGUUCGACACCGAGGAACAUGGCGUCUGGUUCGUGACGCUUCUGCACGUCGGUGCCACGACGGGCUGCGUCAUCGCCGCCCUGGUGGGCCAGUCCAUGGGCCGCCGCUUCGCGCUCCUCGCCAGCGCGCUGGGCUACUUCGCGGGCUACGGCAUCAUCUCGGUGGCGCGCAACGACUACCUGGUGCUCUUCGGCCGGUUCCUGACAGGCGUCGCCACUGGCAUGGUGUCGCUCUGCUCGCCGUCCUUUUUGGCCGAGAUCACGGUGCCCGAACAGCGCGGAACCGCGGGCGGUAUCCUGCAGGUGUGCCUCACUCUCGGCAUCCUGUACGCGAACGUGAUGGGCCGCUACCUCAACUGGGAUGGUCUCGCGUUCCUGAGCAUGGCCGCGAGCAUCCCUCUGGUCGCCACCUGCCAGUUUGCGGUGGAGUCUCCCCGUUGGCUUCUGCUGCAGGGCCGCAAGACCGAAGCCAUCGAAGUGCUCGGCAAGCUGCGAGGACCUGCGGCCAAGCUCGACCGCGAGUGGGCCGACAUGGAGACCGUGUACGCGAAGGUGCCCACGCCUACAGCGCACAUCCUCGGGGCCAUGCAGGUUCACUUCGUCCAACAGUUUUCGGGCAUCAACCCCGUGCUCUUCUUUUCACAUUCCGUCUUCGACCAGGCAGGCCUCGCCUUACGCGUCCAGGACACGAGCGUGAUCCUCUCCGGAUUUCUGGUCGCUUCCACCGCCACCGCCGUGAAGCUGAUGAGCGUGUUCAGCCGGAAGCGCCUGCUCACCGUGUCCGCCUACACGUGCGCUUUUUCCAUGAUGAUCCUGGCCACGCUGUAUCAAGUGGGCGUCGAGGUGGACGAGGCCGACCCGAACGCGCCGAUCGGCAUCGCGCGGCGGCUUCCCAUCGUGUUUAUCGCGCUCUACAUAAUCGGCUUCUCCGUCGGCCUCGGCCCGAUCACGUGGCUGAUAUCCGCCGAACUGGUGCCCAUGCGAAACAACGGCGUCUUCUCGGCGCUGGUGGCCGCCUUCAGCUGGAUCUGCGCCUUCCUCGUCACCUGGUUCUUCGAGAGGCUCCACGAGACGCUGGAGCUGUCCGGCGUCGGUCUCCUCUUCAGCGCGCUCACGUUCACGGGCGGCCUCAUGAUGUCGUUCUUCAUGCCCGAGACGCAGGACAAGACCCUCGAGGAACUGCUCCUCGAACCGCACAGGAAGACGCGCGAUGACGCGGCCUCGACAUCGUCCAAGGGCUCGGGGGGUUCGCGAAGAUCGAAGCGCUGAUGCGACUUCUUCUUGAAAAUUGUGUCUGCGCCGCUCUGUCUACCUUCUUGGCGCUGUUUUACUUCGUCAGGUUUUCUAUAGUACAUUUCCGAAUCUCUGGUUGUUGAUCAAUUCACAUUUGUCAAAAGCCAUAAGCCUCAGCUUUAAUUCUUUCGUUUUCACCUCGAAGCUCUAGCCCUACUGCAGGCCAUUUACCUCACUCAAAAACAGCCCUAGUCGACCUGUCCUUGACAGACGUGGCCUUGAGGCAUCGAGGCAAUGAAUCGUGUAAUUAUUAUUUUUAAUGCGUUAGCAUCAAAAGUGUCAAAUUGCAAAAAAAAAUUGUAUACAUGUGAAUUGUGGGAAGACGGUCGCGUGCUAUGAGUACAG